AUGGGGGAAGACGAUACAAAAGUCGCUGUGGAGCCAUCCGCAAAUGGGACUAGUUCUCUUCAAAAGGCACCAGAUGCAGAAGCGCAGGGUGGCGAGGAAACACAUGAACUUAAGAAAGAUGAGGAUGCUGGACCGGAGAAGAUGGAGAUAGAUGCUGAGAUCAAGCAACAUGAAGAAAAAGAUAAGAAACUUGAGACCGAGAAAACAGACGACAAGGCUGAUCAAAUGGAUGAAGACAACAAGGUCAAAGCUGAUGAUGGUGUUUCUGGAGAGGAAGAUACGGUAAUGAAGGAGAACAUGGAGUCUGAUGACAAGAAAGACAUCAAAGAAGGUGCUGGAAAUCAAGGGAUGGCCAAGGUAGCUACUACUCAAGAGAGAACUGAGAAAGAAUCAGAGGAUGGAGGGAAACUAAACGGAGACAAGCAAGGGAAUAAGGAAGACAUCAAAGAGGAAGACAAGGUUGUCGGUGGAGAUGAGGGUGAAAAUAACAAAGACGAAGAGCCAAAGGAAAAGAAUGAGAUCCAACUGGCUGAAGACGGGAAAGAGAAGGAAACAAACAAACAAGGGGAGGAAGAAGAAGAGCAUGUGGAGGCAGACGCUGAGCCGAAAGUGGAAGAUGAAAAAGCAGAGAGUAAAGGCGGCAAUGAAAAUGAGAUAGAUGAAAGCAAGGAUGAGAAGGAAGAUGAAAAAGAAGAGACCAUGGAUGAUAAGGAAGAUGAAAAAGAAGAGAGCAAUCAUGACAAAAAUGAAGAUACCAACAAGUCUAACAAGCGAGGGAAAGGGAAGACUGACAAGGUUCGUGGAAAUACAAAGAGUGAGGAAGAUAAGAAGGAUAUUGAACCUAGGACUCCUUUCUCUGAUCGCCCUGUCCGCGAGCGGAAAUCUGUUGAAAGGCUUGUCGCACUGGUUGAUAAAGAUUCUUCAAAGGAAUUCCAAGUCGCAAAGGGAAAAGGAACACCUCUCAAAGAUAUUCCCAAUGUUGCGUACAAGUUAUCCAGGAAGAAGUCUGAUGAAGUUCUCAAGUUGCUACACACGAUUCUAUUUGGUGGGAGAAGAGGAAAAGCUGCUCAGAUCAGGACAAAUAUAUUGCGCUUUUCUGGUUACACCUGGCAAGGAGAUGAGGAAGAUAUUGUUGCGAAGCUGUUUGAGUUUUUGGAGAAACCUCAUGCGACAACUGAUGUUCUAAUUUAUGAGAAAGAGAAGGGAGCAAAGCGCAAACGAACUCCGAAGAAAAGCUCACCGGCUGCUGGAAGUUCAUCUUCAAAACGAUCUUCAAAGGUACCUGAAAUCUGA